AUGGCGGCGGGCGCGGAGGGCGGCACGGGCGCGGGGGCCCUGGGCGACUGCGCCGAGAUCAAGUCGCAGUUCCGGACGCGCGAGGGCUUCUACAAGCUGCUGCCCGGCGCCGAGGGCGCAGCCCGGCGGGCGGGUCCGGCCCCGGCCCCCGGCCCGGCCUCCGCCGCCUCCUGCGCGGCCCCGACCUCGGCCCCGGGCCCGGCCCCCGGUCCAGCCCCCGCCGCCCCGGGCUCCGCCGCUGCCGCCGCCGCCUCCGGGGCCGGGGCCCCCUCCCCGCCCGGGCCGGGGCCCGCGCUGCCCGCCGUGCGCCUGAGCCUCGUGCGCCUGGGCGAGCCCGACCCCGCCGCCGCCUCCGGGGAGCCCACCGGGCCGCCCCCGGCCGCCGGCGACCGGGUCUGCUUCAACCUAGGCCGAGAGCUGUACUUCUAUCCGGGAGGAUCCGGGCGCCGAGGCAGCCACCGGUCCAUAGAUCUCAACAAGCCCAUUGACAAGCGGAUCUACAAGGGUACCCAGCCUACUUGUCAUGACUUCAACCAGUACACUGCAGCCACCGAGACCAUCUCUCUGCUGGUGGGCUUCUCAGCGGGCCAAGUCCAGUACCUAGACCUGAUCAAAAAGGAUACCAGCAAACUCUUCAAUGAGGAGAGGCUGAUUGACAAGACCAAGGUGACCCACCUGAAGUGGCUGCCCGAGUCAGAAAGCCUGUUCCUGGCCUCCCACGCCAGUGGCCACCUCUAUCUGUAUGAUGUGUCUCGUCCCUGUGGCCCUGCCCCACCCCAGUACAGCCUGCUCAAGCAGGGGGAAGGCUUCGCCGUCUACACUGCCAAGGGGAAGGCACCCCGAAACCCACUGGCCAAGUGGGCUGUGGGUGAGGGCCCCCUGAAUGAGUUUGCCUUCUCCCCAGACGGGCGUCACCUGGCCUGCGUGAGCCAGGAUGGCUGCCUGCGCGUCUUCCACUUCGAUUCCAUGCUCUUGCGGGGCCUCAUGAAAAGCUACUUUGGAGGUCUGCUCUGUGUGUGCUGGAGCCCCGAUGGGCGCUACGUGGUGACGGGGGGCGAAGAUGACCUGGUCACCGUGUGGUCCUUCACCGAGGCCCGAGUGGUGGCCAGAGGCCAUGGCCACAAGUCUUGGGUCAACGCUGUAGCCUUUGAUCCAUAUACCACAAGGAGUGAGGAAGAACCAGAGGAGGAAGGGACCCCAAGUGGGAGCGAGCGGGAGGCAGGCUCCUUGCCCCGGCUGCCUCCCCCAGCCGUCACCUACCGCUUUGGCUCAGCUGGCCAGGACACGCAGUUCUGCCUGUGGGACCUGACGGAGGACGUGCUCUACCCCCGGCCCCCACUGGCCCGGCCCCGGGCCCUGGCUGGCAGCACGGAGGCUGCACCUGUCACCCCAGGGCCCCUGCCCAGAUCCCUGUCCCGAUCUAACAGCCUCCCGCACCCGGCAGUGAGUGGCAAGGGUGCCGGGACAGGCACGGGUGGAGUGACGGAGCCUGGGACCCCCUUCAGCAUCGGCAAGUUUGCCACGCUGACCCUCCAGGAGCGUCGUGACAAGGGUGCUGACAAAGAGCACAAGCGCUACCACAGCCUGGGCAACAUCAGCCGGGGUGGCAGUGGCGGCAGUAGCAGCGGAGACAAGCUGGGCGGGCCAGCCCCCCGAGGCCGCCUGGACCCAGCCAAGGUGCUGGGCACGGCCCUGUGCCCUCGAAUCCAUGAGGUGCCCCUGCUGGAGCCCCUGGUAUGUAAGAAGAUUGCCCAGGAGCGCCUCACCGUCCUCCUCUUCUUGGAGGACUGUAUCAUCACCGCCUGUCAGGAGGGUCUCAUCUGUACCUGGGCCCGGCCUGGCAAAGCUGGCCUCUCCUCCCAGCCUGCCAACUCCCCCAGCGGCACUGUGGUGUGAAGCUUGUGGAUUCAGCCGCUCCUGCCUCUCAGCCUCCUGGUCCGUGUCCUGUCUGCUCCAUCUCAAUCCCUCUUAAUGUAUUAACAAGACUAACAGUGGAAGGAGUCCUUGUGUAGCGCACCUCCCCCUUCCCAUGGCCUUGCACAACACCAGGGGUGUCCCUGGCCUGGCCUGUGGGAUGUGGGACCCAGUGUUCUCCCCUGCUUGUACAGUACCCAUUCCAGACAGUCAGUGUUACCCCCCUUGCUUCCCUGCAUGUGAUAGCAGCCAGCCAGACAUCCCCUCGCCUCCCCUUCCAUCUUGGCUCUUUGCACUGAUCCCCCUCUGGCAGGGAUGGCGGGGAGGCCCCUGAAGAGUGUUCUAAAUUAUGGAAACCCCAGUGUCUCUGCCUCCCCCCACACCCUUCAACCUCUUAUUUAUAGUAAAAGCUCCUUGUUUUUACAGUC